AUGAAUUCGCCAACGGAUCCCAAGAGCGGCAUACCGGCGCGUGCAGACACGAAGGACAGCGAGGCGUGGUCGGGGGAUGAUGGCACCGAGGACGGCGGCGAUGGCAGAGAGCGGAAACGCCGUAGGCCAAUGAGUGUCUCUUGUGAGACUUGCAAAGGACGCAAGGUGAAAUGUGACCGCGGGCAGCCCAACUGCGGCUGGUGCGUCCGCAACAACGCAGUUUGUGAAUACAAGGAAAGGAAGAAACCUGGCCUCAGAGCAGGCUACGGGCGAGAACUCGAAGCCCGGCUUGAUGAACUCGAGACCGAACAGCACGACCAGCGGCAACUUUUGCAGCAGCUGCUUGACAAAGUCAGAGAUGCCAACACGCCCAAGAUGCAGACGAGACCUGGUCUGCAGUCGCGCCAGCCAUCCCAAGUAGAAGCUGCUCUCUACAUGCAAGCACCGAGCAACCGCUAUGCUCAGCCUACCAUAGACAACACUGCCAGAGACUUGCGGACGCCGUCGGUCAGCGACCUGAACCAGAACCAACAACCACCUGGCUUCCUACGACAUCCCUCGCAGCCCAAUGUGCACAUCCCAACUUCAGUGCCGGCGAACGAUGGGUACACUGCAGCUGAUCCGCCUGUGGAAUCACCAAGCCUCAACAUUGAACCAGCCGGCAGAGCCAAUUCCAAUGCCUCAGAGGCGGCGAGCUUUGCUUCGGGCCCCCAUGAUCUUCCUCCCUAUGACUUACUGUAUGCGCUGACCGAGUUGUUCUUCGUUCACGUCAACACUUGGUGUCCGAUUUUGCAUAGAAGAACGACCAUUGAAUCUCUGUUCGGCAGCACGAUGCUUGAGGAAGCUGAUCGGGUCCUUCUGCAUGCCAUUGUUGCUACCACGCUGCGGUUCUCCAACGACCCGCGGCUAGAUGGCGGGAACAGGGAGCGCUAUCACGAGGGCUCUAAGCAAAGAGUAUUGCUCUACGGGCUUGAGAACAGCUCAGUCAAGGCCUUGCAAGCUUUGACAAUCCUCACACUAGACGUGACCGGUAGCUCGAACGGACCACCGGGCUGGAACCUCCUGGCUCUGAUCACGAGAAGCGUGGUGCAGCUUGGCCUCUCCACGGAGUCUUCGGCUGCUUCAACAGUACCUGUCUACCCUUCAAUAUACACCUUGAGGGCGAUGGUGCUGCCAGAACCCAAGUCUUGGGUAGAAGAUGAGACCAGAAGGCGGCUGCUAUGGGCCAUCUAUAUCCUUGACAGGUACACGACAGUAGCAACGGCUUUCGAGUUCUGCCUCAAUGAGAAAGAGAUCGAUCGGAAGUUGCCUUGCCACGAGGAGCUAUGGGAGCGCAACGAGCCCACCGACACCAAGUGGUUCCGACUUUCAGGGCAGCCAAAGGGCCCAACGAGCAAACCUACCAAUCUUGGAUCUUUCAGCUACUACGUUGAGAUCAUUGGAAUACUGUCACAGAUCCAUCAGUUCCUGAAAAAGCCCGUCGAUAUCAGUGCACUGCCGGACAUUGAACGAUGGCAACAGGAAUACCGGACCCUCGACAGCAGACUCAGUGAUUGGAAAUUCAGCCUGCCAGAUGAGUACGGAAACAUGGGCCGGAUCUACGUCCUUGAUGCACGCAAGCAGACCGCGGAUAGCAUGUGGAUCAUGCUGCAGAUCACAUACCAGACCGCUCUGAUACGUCUGCACUCAUCAGCAGCGUACCCAACCACUAGAAGUCCGAUCUUCACACCCUCCUUCUCCGCCAGUCAACGCUGCCACGGCGCCGCCGAACAGAUCUGUGAGCUCUGCAAGUACGUCCGACACCGCGAGAUCCUCACCCAGCUAGGCCCAACAUUCGCCUUCAGCUUAUGGGUUGCUGCACGAUUGCUCCUGGUACAUGGAUCUACCAUCGACCACAAAGUCAACCCUGCCAUCACUCUCCUAGUACAAACUCUGCACGAAAUGGGCCGCUACUGGAAAGUAGCAGAGCGCUACGCAACGCUGCUCCAGCGCGUGCUCGACGAAUACCACGAAAGCGUAAAAUCGCCCGUCGGACCCGGUGGCGUUCGCGAGACCCCAUCCACCGUCCGCAUCCUCUCAGACAUGCGCCGAACGGCCUUCGAUCUCGACUUCCUCAUCUCCCGGCAGCCGAAGCAGAACUUCCCGUCGAAAGUCAGCUCGGCCACACCAGCUCGGACUCCCACGAGGACGCCUGCGCCGGAGGAGCUGGAGUACCUGGAUGUCUUUGACUUCUUCAAUAUGCCGCGGCUGCCGUUCCCGGGGAAUGGUGAGGCGGCGUUUGGCGCUGCUGGCUACGGUGGCGAGCCAGCGGCGAUGGAGUAUCCGGCUAUGAACGGCAACGGGAAUGAGUUCAAUAUUCAGAAUUUCAUGUAUGAUGCUAAUUCGGAUUGGUUCACGAACCCGAGUUGA